UUUGUAUAUAUAGAUUCAUUUGUAAGUAUACAUGCAUGAAUGCCUAUUGCAAGUAGCCCGCUGUCAGGCUUUGACCGUUUUUGCAUUCAGUCUGCAACACUGAAUUGUGGGCGGCGCGACGUGUUUGCCCAACGAAAUUAUCCUAUUUGUUUUCUAUAUUUAAAUCGCUGCCGCCGAUGUCGCCACCAUGUUCCACCUUUCUUUUUUAGUUCUAAACACUAGAAGAGAUUGUGUAAUAAGCAGACAAUACAAAAAUAAAUAGAUACUGCGAAAUCAACUUAGCUCAAUGCAAGACAUUACAACACAUUUCGAAUGGAUAACGUUACUUGUGCAAGUGUUUGUGUGAAUGUGUUACAUGUAUUACUACAUUUUAGUUUCCCAAAAUUUUCACAUGAUUAUCCGAGUAAUUAACAAUGGAGGCAUUGUGUAUUCAUUAAAGAGUUAUUUAAUAAAAAAGAAUGCUUGUGGGCCAGUGGCACUCAAUACGCAGUGCAUGUAUAUGUAUACGAGUAUACAAGUACAUGUGUUACAUUUUUCAUUAAUUCCAUGCAAUGUAACCUCAAGUAAAUAUAUUCUCAUCCACCUUGUCAUGUGUUCAUUUUUUAGGUAAAUAUGUUUUUUAGGCUAUUUUCCUUGUAAUGCUCAACAGAUUGAACGGUGCCAAAAAAAGCCAAAUAUCAUGCCUCGAAAGUUACCUUCAAAUAUUUGUAAUUGUCGCACUUAUGUGCCACAUUCACGAUUUUGUUUGGAGUUAAACAAUUAUAAUCUACAAGCAUUUUUCUUAGUUCCUACUGGGUACUAGUUUGCUGAAUGCAAAGUUAAACAUAAAGUUACAAAUAAAAAUAUCGGGUAAUCGUUAUGAAUAGAUGAAAACAAUACAAAAUAAUCCAAAUACCGUAGUGAAAUGGAUUAGCUAGCAGCUCCUGACACAAAGAUUACAAGUAGUAUAAGAUGUCAAGCAGAAAUGUCCUUUAAAAUGCAUUGCUAUCUGAUGCAUCUGCGUCUUCCCAUUUUCAUACAGAACUAUGGAAAUGCGAUCAUGAAAAAUCGAUAUACAUAGACAUAUGUAUGUAUAAAGCCGAAUUUAGCUGGUCAAGACAUUUUAACCGUACAAGCCGUUUGGAUAUAACUGAGCAAUACUUGUUUUUGAGCAACUAACAUAUUAACAAUUGUAAUAACGAAAAGAGAACAAGUGGCCGAGAAUUAGGUGUGGAAAAGUGCCGCAGGGCAUGUUUAUACCUGAGACACUGAGAAGCUGCAUGAUUGAGACGGACGUAUCUUCAUAUUUGCAAACAUCAUCCUCAGGACAGGAUGAAUUUCAUCCGUUCAUUGAGGCUCUCUUGCCGUUUGUCAAAUCGUUUUCGUACUCAUGGUUCAAUUUGCAAGCUGCCAAGCGAAAGUAUUACAAAAAACAUGAAAAACGUAUGUCACUGGAGGAGGAGCGACAUUGCAAGGAUGAACUACAAAACGAAAAAGCGGAGGUGAAACAAAAGUGGGCGUCCCGGUUAUUAGGAAAACUACGUAAAGAUAUUACUCAGGAAUGCCGAGAAGAUUUCGUCCAAUCCAUCACCGGCAAACGCAAAUCGAUUUGUGUGCUUUCGAAUCCCGAUCAAAAAGGAAAAAUGCGACGAAUCGACUGCUUACGACAGGCAGAUAAGGUGUGGCGCUUGGAUUUGGUUAUGGUCAUACUUUUUAAGGCGAUACCGCUUGAAAGCACAGAUGGAGAACGACUGGAAAAGAAUCCCGAAUGUACACACCCUAACUUAUGUGUAAAUCCUUAUCACAUUAAUGUAUCUGUUCGCGAACUGGACUUGUAUUUAGCGAAUUUCAUCAAUACAUAUGAUCCACUUCACAGCCCAACUCCGCCGCCGCCUACAUCAAUAGCAUUAUUCUCAUAUAACAAUGAACACACACAUGUUAACGCCGAUAGCAACACUAAUGGCAGUAAUAACAAUAUGAACAAAAUAAAGAAAAAUGGUGAAGCACGCAAAGAGAAAGGUUACAGCCAUAAUCCUUACAAUGGAGUUAUAUGUAACGAUAUAAUAUUGGCUACUGGUGUUUUUUCAUCGAAGGAAUUGUGGAGUCUCUCUAAAGCAUCUAUUCUUGAUGAGGCAAGUAAUGAUUUACUAUCCACAAAUGCUAGUCAUAUUAAGUUGGAAAAUUCCGCCGGAACCUUUGAAUGCAACACAUAUCAGUUGCCACCGUCAUCAAUUGGCGUUGGUGUAGAUGUCCCUAGUAACUUGAUAGCUACGAAUAAUAUGUUAGCAAGCACGGAUUCUGGCCGAUCAGCUGCCUCCAGCUCUUCUAUGAUUGUUCCGGCUGGGUACAGUAUUGACUUUGUUGAUGCACGAAGUAUGCAUUUGCCGCCAUCUUCCCUCUUGCGAACCCAAGGGGCAGCAGCAUGUAAAACUGACACGUGUACUUCGCCUGAUGUUGCGGGAAAUAACAGCAGUGGUGGUGGUUUUUCUGUGAUUUUGCGUCCAAAUGAUUCAACGGGUGCAAGCAUUCAGUCAAGCGAUAUAUCAAUGCUUCAGCGAUAUACGCCUUCACUAAACCGCUCAUUAUUAAAUAUGAGUCAAGUGCGAUCGAACGAAGUGUUGAUCCAACAUAAUGUAACGUCUGCAUUGGUUACGAAUUCAGUGAGCCCUGGUGCAAUGUACUAUCAGUUACAUAAUAGCUCAAAUGGUCCAUCAGAUUCCAGUGAUAGCAGUACUCAGCAUAACCAUCAUUCCCAAAGGCAACAAUCUCAACACCAGGAACACCAACAAAACUUACAUAGUCAUGGUUCGCAAGUUUCAGUAGCUGCGGCAGCGGCUGCAACAGCUGCUGCUGCCUCUAUUUCAAAAUAUUCUUCCGAAGUUGUAAGUGGACAUGAUAUGUCCGAGUUUGUUACCUAUGUUUGCCAAGAAACUGGAAAUAGUAAUCCUCAAAUUAAUGAAGUUCAUCUCCCGCCACAUCCUCAAAGUCAUUUCCAGUUACAAACGGUUUCUACAGAAGGGCCAUCAUCUAGUCGUAAUCCAAAAUUAUCCUCCGCAGCGCCGUCCGCACAACCCUCUCAUUACCAACAGUACAGUACGAUGCUGCCUCCGCCACCUUUGCCACCAAUGGCGCGUCCAGUUGCGAUAAUUAGGUCCACAGGUGGUUUGACGAUGGUAGAAUCACCACCAUUAUCUGCAACACCUCCAAACUCCAAUCAAUCGGGUAAGGAAUCAUCCAGGCAUCAGCAAACACAGCUUGAUCACCAAAAUCAACAUCAGACUCCGUGCCACACGCUAUCACAUCCUCAACAUGUUGCAGUCGAGCACGGUGACUCAAGUAGUCAAAUCUUGACGGUGAACACAUCUACGAACACUAGUGGAAGUAACGCCAAUACUACUUCGGUUUCGAGUACAACAGAUGCAGUUACCGUUCCCACUUCCAAUAUGCAAAAAAAUACAUCUGCUACCAGUGGUAGCAAUAAUAGCAGUAGUAGUUCAACUGAUAUUGUAGUGGCUAGCUCGUCACCACCUCCGAUAAGUCCUCAAGAACAUAUAGAUGUUGUACGUAGCACAAAAUUCUCGACAAUUGGUCGCUUUGGCACCCAGUCGUACUCAGCAGCCACUAGUCGGGAGUAUUUCAAUCAUUUCCAUUCACAAACAACUCCAAUUCUUGGCUACACUAGUUCAAUCUCGACCAUUUCCGGUGUUAUCAGUCCGACUAACCUAAGUUUGUAUUCAUCGCCGAUCACUGGUGCAUCAAAUGCAUCUCAUAGGUCUACACCACGGCCACGAUGGAACCCGCCAUUCCUUAUGGAAGAUGAGUUUAGCAUGAUGCCACAUUCAGUGUCCAGUACAAACUCUGAAAACGCUCCAGUGAUAUUAAUGGAAGAUGCUGGCCGAUAUAAUGAAGAAUAUUCUCAGAAUCGUGACUACAUAACAUGAUUAAAAAUACCAGUAGAUGACUACCUUUAAAAUAACUAGAACUGUUUAGAUAAUAUAAGUUAGAGUUUAUAUGUAAGUUCCCAUUUUAAGAGCUAGUGAUUAUAUAAGGCAAUUAUAAAUGUAGUUAUUGAAGCAUACAUAUAUGUAUACACAUAAUAUGUGUGUAUUUAUACUAUUAAACAUACAUAUACAUUUAUAGGCACACUUCAAGACCUCGCCACGCCUUCCUGUGGCUAGGAGGUAAUUAAAUUAUAUUAUAUUAUAUCAUUUGUAAUUACUCGUUUUAAAGAUACAAUCACAAACUUCAACGAUUACGAUCACGAAUAGAUUGUAAUGUGAUAUGUGAAGCGUAAUGUAUGUAAAUCAGCAUGCUGCCUUACCUAUUAUAACCUACUGACUGUACACAGUAGUUAUAGUGUAUAACGAUGCAGGAGGAUAGCAGAAAAAGGCACGUCGUAUGCUCGAUCUCUAAUCAAAUAGUACUGUAUUGUUCAACAUUCGACGAAUGUACAUAAUUGCAAAAUCGACGGUGAUUUUUUAAAACAGGUCUCCCUUAGGACCUUCGAUAGGACGAAACGGACGAAAUAGCGUUUCAUUUUUAUACAUAACAAGAUUAGGCCUUUAUCAAUAUGCGUUCAUUUUUAUACAGUAAUACAAAAUACGAAAUUCAAUAUCUUACGGAAAAUGUUAAAAACAUCUUUUCAUACGCAUGAUUUAGUUAUUUAAGAAAUGUAUUUGCUUUCCAAUUGGCUCAAUUGGUCAUGGUAGACUAAUUCAUACAUGUGUAAAGGCUUGUGUAUAAAUCUAUGUACAUAUACAUACGUAUAUGUAUGUAUGCUUUGCUAGUGAACAUUUAAAUAUAAUCCCAGCAGAUUUUAGGAUGAUCGUUUGAGACCUCCUGGAUUAAUCCUUAAGGAGAUAUCCUAUACUCCCUAUUACUCCUAAUACUCGUUUGUAAAUACACAUAAAAUUGUAUACUCGCUUUUAACAUUGCAUGUCAUGAACGCGAGUACUCCUUUUAACCUCCUAAUGGAGAUCUCUAUGAUUACUGCUAUAGGAGAUCUCUAUGAUUACUCCUAAAGGAGAUCUCUAUGAUAAAUCCUAUAUUAUUUUCAACCUGCAAUUAUUUUAACAAAAACAAAUUUUUAUAAUUUUAUUUUUUAUUAAAGUUUGUUAAUUAAAUGAAUGUACAUGAAAUCUAUUGUUUUUUUAAAUUAUAAGUGUUCCUGUAGAACUGAGCCUUACAUUUGAGAAACGCCUUUUUGAUCUUUGCCUCAAAAUCAGGGUAUGAGUAAUCAUCUUUUAAGGCCUCUAAAAAUUAAACUUGUUAAAAAAAUAGAUGACAUGAAUUGAAAUUAUGUAUUACCAUAAAGAAAUUUAUUGAAAAGUGCAUAAUUCUUCAAUACAACUUUUUUUUUGGCUCCAUCCCAAUUCACUUUUAAGAGCAGGGACUCCGCAAUCACUUCAUCCAAAAUUUUUGAUAGGGGUUUCUUUGAAAAUUUUUGCUUCAGAUACGCCACCUAUAUAAACUCAAACUGUUUAGUAACAUCCUAUCAAAUGUAUUUUAUCAUACUCACAAUUUCUGCCUCAGGCUUAUUCAAAAGCAAGGACUCUGUAGAUGCUAAAUCAUUCAUGUUUUUAAUAGGAAAUAUCAUUAAUUCAAUCUUCUUCGGUUGCAAUAUGUCAAUAAUCCGCUCCAGGAGUAUAGUGUUCUGCGCCGAUAUUUCCUCUAGCUUCCGUAUUCUUUGUUCCAUGUUUUUCUGCCAGGAGGAGGUGUUUCGGGAAGUAUUAUUAUUUUUUGAUAUAGGCACAUUUAAAUUUUGUGAGUUUGAAUUUGCAAGAAGACUAUUACAUGCGGCCCUUUUUAUUCGAUUUUCAAUUGCCCAAAUGGCUAACUGUUUUGAAAGUUGUUCAGUUGGCAAACAAAAAUCUUCUAUCACUUCUUUCGAGCCUGUACUGCUUUCAACUUCUUCAAAAACUUCUUUAGAGCCUGCAUCACUUUCAAUUUCAUUAACACUUUCCACAUCAUUUUCAUUUUGUGUAUUAUUAUUUUGUUUUUUAUAUAAAUUAUUUAAUUUCUUAUUCACUAGGCGUUUUAAAUGCCUUUUAGAGUACAUUUAAUUAACAAUUUAAAAUAUUUAAUACACAAUAGAUAUAAAACACUUACGUCUGCACGCUUUAAAAAACACAGUUGAAAUGAACAAUUGCUUUAAGACAAAAAUUAACAGUUAUUAUUUCCCGUUAAAUUGUAAUUUUUGAAUCAAAAGUACGAUUUUUAAGCUACGAAAAAUUAAAAAAUCUCCUUUAUUGCUCCUAAAGGAGGACAAAAGGAGAUCAAUCCUAAAAUGAAGUAAAAAAAAAUCACAAUAGAAUUAUAAAAUCACCUUUUUUGCUCCUAAAAGAUGAUAAAAGGAGGUCAACACUAAAAUAAAAUAUAAAAAAAAAUACAAUAUAAGAACAAAUUUAAAAAAUCUCCCUUACUGCUCCUAAAAGAGGUCAAUAGGAGGACUCCUUCAUUCCUCCUUUCAGGAGAUCUCGCUUUUAAAUCUGCUGGGUAUAUAUAGUACAUACAUAUGUAUGAGGUGCAUAAUAUUUUCGGUGUAACUUACACAUUCAGCUAUGUACUUAUACAAUAUUUUAUAAGUGCAUAUAAAAUAUUUUCAAACACCUAUAUAAAUACAUACUUGUUCAUAAUUAUGUAUUCAUUUGUGUGAAAAGUUUGAAAGAAGUUUUUUAACCAUCUUAUUACACUAUUUUAUUCGAAUUAGUGUUGAGAAAUGCAUAUACAUAUGUACAUAUAUAGUACGGUUACAUGUUACAUGUAUGAGUGUAGUGGUCACAGUUAUAUGAAAAUACAUGUGUAUGGGCAUAUAAGAUUCAUAGUUCAUAUACUAUAAAUACUUAAACACAUUUGCAAAUAAAUAGCACUGACAGUCCUUAUAGCCGGACAUCUAUAAUUGGACAAAUUUCAUGAACACAACGUGUUCAUUAAUUUUUUCACAUAAAAUCAAUUCCUAUAGCAUGAGAACGUUCCAAGAACCGGUCAAGGACAAUAUUUUUGCAAUUCAUUCAUUCGUUUUUGGCUCACCCAUUGGCUCGCAUUUAUUAGUUCAAUAGAAUUAUAGUUUUAAAUUGCUGCUGCUGAGUCUAAGAAGAUAUCUGAACAGUACCUUUGGCAAGACAAAAAACAGUGCGACCUUGGGUGCCUGUCUGUGUUUUCUGUUUAAGCUUUGUUUUAAUAGGUACUAGCAAGUCAAUUUAAGGAUAACUUCUACUCUCCAUAAACCGCUUACAAGUAUUCGUUUCUCACGAGAAACUCAAUAAAGAAAAGCACUAUUAUAAAAUCGUGGACAUAUAAUUAAAGCAAUGAAUGAAACAUGAAUUGGUGUCACGGUUGAUGACUGGGUAUGGUAGUUAAGAGCACGGCGGCUGCAGAAAAAAGAAACUAUGUUUUGAAAUAAAUAACAUGCAUACGUGUGUGAGAAUGCAUAAUUUGGGACUAUAAGUGAUUAGAGUACAAACCUCAAUUGAGAUACAUACAGAUAUGAUAUGCACAUAGAAUAUAAUUACAAUUUUUUCGCACUUUAUUUAGUAUAUAUAUAGAUAGUUGUUGCCACUAUUUUUUAUAUGUAUGUAUGGGUGUGCAAAUCGUAUACUAUAUAAUACUAUACAAUUUAGUCGAAUAUGCAUAUCGUUUAUGCUAUUGUCCAGUGUAGAUAAUAUAUUUAAAAUGCCAUGGUUCACAUUUUACUUUUAACAAAAUACAUUUAUAUCGGUAUUCUGCUUGAGACGAUUGUCUCAUGUCUCUAAUUGUCGCAAUCUUCAUUUAGUGACUCUGUUAGUCAAGAGUCUUAUUUUAAUAUUCUGGCAGAUACAGUAUACUACUAUAUAGUAUACUACUCUUCUGUAUCUGCCAGAAUACCAAAAUGAGACUCCUGACUAACAGAAUCACUAAAUACCUAUUGUGACAAUUAGAGACAUGAGACAAUCGUCUCACGCAGAAUACCGAUAUUAGUUAGGUAGAUCGUUUUGAUUAGAUUCGAUCUAACGAGAGAAUUUCGUGUUGCAUUGAUACUUUCUCCACACUAAAGAAAUGGUGGUUAAAGGUAAAGAUGGCGUCGGACUUAGUUCGCAGCGUUUCUUAUUGAUUUCAAAAUUUUAUUUAGUAUAGAAAAUUUCAUGUAAAUAAAAUUUCAAAACUAAAUUUAGAAAAACAAAUACACACUAUGAAAUCUUCAUGUUCUAUACUAACAUUUUUCCAUAUUUAAUUGUGACUUUGCAUAAUAGUCUUAAUAUAACAUUUAAAAUAUUUGUUGCAAUCAAUAUUCAAUUGGCCAUAUGUAACAUGUGUAUAUGUAUGAAAUUUUGACCAAAUCCAAACAUAUUUCUCAUAAAUUCAACAAAAAACAUCCUAUGGCAGGGCCAAAUUCUUUUGUAUUUCAUAGUUAAUUUAAAGUAAAUUUUUUAACAAUAAAUAGAACUAGUUGACAGUACCUUUAACAUUUUAAUCUCAGUGUGCCUCUGCAUUUUUUGUACUGUUUAAACUGUUUCAUAGAAUCCUUUUUUAUUUCACAAUAUGCGUGCUGAAGGGAAUCUUUGUCGAAAUUCUAGAGGUAUUUUCAAAAAAAUCUAUGUAUUUUAAAACAAAAACUUAUUUAAAAUAGUACGUUCUUUGGGUCGCCACUAAUAUUAUACUUAGGCGGCUUUAAAAUUUUGUACUGAAUAGGAACUUAAUAAAUUGAAGUUUCAAUUGCAUUAGUACCAAUAACAUUCAUAAAAAAACGUGUAAGUAUGUAUGUAUGUAUGUAAAACGGUUGUCUAUGACUCAUAUUCAAGAUGGGGAUAGGCUAAAAACUAAAGGGGUAUUCUCUUGCUCUUGCAGAUAUUUCCUCUUGGUGCAAUGGCACAACAACAAACACACGCAAAAAAUUAUUUGCAAUGGCUGUAAAAUAUGUCAGACCAAAACCCAUGUUUAUUUUCGUGCAAUGCCACGUAAAAAAAUAAUUGCAACCCUGUGCUAGCUGUCCUUUUACUACAUAUUUUGACGUUAAAUUGUUGAGGCAGUUGAAUUUUAAAUAGAUUUUAUAAUUUCUAUUUAAAUUAUAAAGAUUUGUUACAGUUUUUUUGUUAAGAAUGAAUGCACGCACAAUAGUCUUUUACAAUAAAUUGAUCGAAUCAGCCGUUCAUAUAUCACUAGAUUGUGCAAUGGGUGCUCUCGUGCCCUUGUAUAUUUCAGUAUAGGAUUUUUGCAAUCGGCAAUAUUGCAAGAGCAAGAGAAUCGCCCUUAUAUAUUAUCGUAUAAUUAUGUAGAUAGGAAGCUAGAAAUUGAGGUUACAAAAUAUACAAUAAAUUCAUUAAUAUUUGUAAGCAUACAAGCAAGGGCUUAUACUGAUAUAAACCAAAAGAUUAAAUUGAGACAAUAGUAGAUAUAAUUAGAUUAGUUAUAGUUAGAUAUGUAAAUUAACUCAAUAACGUUGGAAACUAAUUUUACGAAAUCGUAAUUCAUUAAUGGAACACACUAAAAGGCAUAUAAAUCAGUCUACAGCUAUAGCGUACAUGAUUUAUGAUAAUAAAUGAUACAUACAAAAAAUGUUUAAAAAAUGUAUGCUAUAGGAUAUACAUAUGCUUGUAUAUAAAGAUAGAGAAAUCUCCGGUUAACUGAACUUGAAAAUUUGUACAUUAACUGUUUAAUUAUCUGGAGAUUUUACUUAUUUAUACUCGUUUAGAUUUGAAGAAGCCUGACUAAGCGAAAAGUUCAAGAACAAUUAAAGAAAACGCUAAAAUGUAAUUUAAAUAUGUAUUUUAUUUAAAGUUAGUUGAAAUAAAUUGGUACUAUAUGGUAAACGGGCAUGAUCUCAACUAGCCCAAUUUUUACAGAUUUUGUGGUGGUUAAUUUUUGUAUUUUUAGUAUAUUAAGGUUACGGAGGUAAAUUACAUACAUAUGUGUAUUUUAACAUAAUAAAAAAGCAAAAAAAACGGGUUUACGAGAUGAAUCACCUACUUCGAAAUUUACCCUACAAGAUGGAGUAACGAUUUCGCAAACACAUUGAAACAUAUCCAGCUACCCACACGGUUACAAGUCGUGCAAUUUUCAAUUGAAUGGGAGAAAGUAAGAGAGGGAAAAACAAUGGACAUUCUAAACAUAUUGUAAUAUUAAAAUGCAAGAAGAGGAAAGACGAAUACACAAUUUCCAAAAAGAAGAAAAAGGCAAAAGAGCGCAAUUUCAUUAGAAAUUUUGGAUUUUGAAGAGGUCUUUCUUCGAUUGUAUUAUAUUUUAUAAUUAACUAAUCUAAGCCCACGGCUCCGCUUGCUCUUUGUUGUCAAGGAUAUCAUUUAUCGUAAUAACAAUAUAAUAGAAUAGUUAAAUUGGCAAUCUACAUCUACAUCUUGACUUCGUAAAUCACUUAAGGAAUAGUACAUACAUAAAUACGUAUGAUGUAACAUCUUCACAGUCACUGCAUCUGCAUCGUAUAUCGUUACACAUACUAUGGUAUGUUUGUAUACCAUAUAAAUUUUCACGUCUUUCCGUGCUGUGGUUCGGGCGCUAUGCGCGAACAUACCAAAAUAGCGUUUCACAGUUUUGUUCACCUAACGUGUAGGGUUAUAUAGUAGCAUAAUAAGCAUAUCAUACCACUGUAAACUGCAAAACUCGCUGACUAAACAAUCUUUGCUUAGUAAACAAAUUUCUUUACAUGAUCAAUCUUUACAAAUCAAAGCUUUCUAUUCUCCCUCUUAAUCUUUUCUGUAUAAUUUAGUCUUAAGCUGAUGAAUGAAAUAAACGGACGGGUGUUCAGUAAAUUCUCGCAUAUUAAAACAUUUACAAUAUUGACCUUGAGCUACCUAGCCCGGUCAUUUAUUGAACUCAAUUGUUGGCAAUACGUAAGUGCCGCAGUUGGUAGGAUAAUAAUUAUUGAUGCAAUAGCUAGACUAUUCAAUUCUCUAAUUCAUUAUCCGUAAAAGAACUUUCGCGAAACCUAAGCGGUAAUCGGUUCAAGCCUAAAGAACAAAAUUCAACAGUGAACUGUGAUUGUGCUAAAACUUAAACAGAAGUUUAAGAAGACGCUUUAGAAAUUGCCAGGGUACCCAAACAAAAACACAAUUAAAACAACAGCCUAAUAAAAGACACCAUUUAAUCUUCAACCCGAGAAGUGCACCCAAACGAAGACACAACACCGAAAUAAGCGAAUACCCAAACUAAUCAACCGUAAACCAUAAAUACACACAAUGGCAGUAGCAGCACCAGUGUCGAUCUCUCUCUCUGACUCGAAUAUGAUUCAAGUCGAAAAGUAAAUAUCCGCCGUAGAGAGUUUCCAAGGUGACUCGAGCACGUUAUACACGUUUAUAAGCAGUAUCGAUUUCAUCUUGGUCUUGUAUUAAACCGCAGACGAACGGCAAAUACUCAUCAUCUUUGGACAUAUACUGUUCAUACCAAAUGAACACAUCCCUGCACUGUCCUCCUAACUGGUCUAAAUACGAAUUAGAGGACAAUGCAAAAAACACCCAAAAGCGCCAACAUAACAACAAAAGGACGCAAUAAAACGAAUCACCAGAGCGGACGGAUAUAUACAGGCGCAAAGCCUUACAGCAGCAGCAUCAGCAGUUACAACAAAACUCUACAGCGGCAGUAUUAGCAGCAACAACAACAACACUAGCAGUAAAACCAUCAUCUCAACGCGGGAAAAAAUUGCUCACAUCAGGUUCUACUUAAUUUACUUAUAUUUAUAUACAGUGAGUGUCAGCUUAAUUGAUGCAGUCACAAAAAUAAUCUUUAGAUACUAAUAACAUUUGAAUUAAAAAAGAUAUUCCAAAAAAUUAAAAGCCAAAAUAAAGAGCAUUAUUUCCUCUUAAAAUUUUAAGUUUGUGAAAACCAAAAUUUGAAUUCCAAAUAAAUGAAAUGUUUGUUUUUAAGAGGAAAUAAUGCUCUUUAUUUUGGCUUUUGAUUUUUUUGAAAGUCUUUUUUAAUUCAAAUGUUAUUAGUACCUAAAGAUUAUUUUUGUGACUGCAUCAAGUAAGCUGACACUCACUGUAUGUAUAAAUAACCCCUUAAUUAUACAAACCCACACAAUUGUAUUUAUUAACAUACAUACAUGUACAUUAAAGUGGGCCAAAAAAAGUUUUUAUUUUUAUUUUUCUUAGUUACCAUGAAAAUCUCAUCCGACAUGACUAAAAACAAAUUCUGGUAAGACCUGAGCUCUUAAUAUUAAUGUUAAGAGGUGCCUCAUCGACAUUUUUGAUUCCCAUAUAAAUAACACAGGAAAUUUUGUUUAUUUUGUUUGGAUUUUUAAUGUACACAAACAAGUACUUGGUAAGCGAGAAUCAACACUUAUUCUUAUAGGAAAUUUACCGAUCUACAAAAAAGGUCUAGAACAUUUUUUGGCUGAGACUCUUUCAAAGUUAUUCGUAGUUAAAGUCCAACAAAAAAAUAUAAAACAUGAUUUCCACAAUUUUUCAUCUUAUAUUACAAAUUGAUGGCUAAUAAACAUAACAAAUCAUAUUUUUUCGAUUUAUCUCAGUUUUAUUUUAUUAAUAAAUAAACAUAAUAGAAAUUCAUGCAAUCUUGUCAUCUUAAUUGUUAAUUUUCAUUACUAUUUUUGUAUUUUACCGCUUAAGUCAUUGUAACUAUCGAUCUUAGCAACACCUAUAUUUUUUUUUAAUCAUUUUAUUUAUUGGAUCUGCUUUUUCUUAAAGCCUAACAGUAAGCUAUAAAAUCUUAAAUCUAUUUAAAAACUAGACAGGCUCAAGCAAGUUAUUGAGCUGUUUUGGUGAUGUGUCGCUCUUUAAUACGCAGGAAUAUCUCUUCUUUUAAAUCGUGUUUGAUCACCGGAAUGUACCAAAGCACAGAGUGUUAAGACCGAUGAUAUCAAUAUCAUCGGCAUACGCCAGCAGCUGUACACUCUUAUAAAAGAUUGUACCUGCUCGAUUCAGUUCUGCAGCUCGAAUAAUUUUCUCCAGCAGCAGAUUCAAAAAGUCACACGAUAGGGAGUCGCCUUGUCUGAAACCUCUAUUGGUAUCGAACGGCUCGGAGAUGUCCUUCCCGAUCCUGACGGAGCUUUUCGUGUUGCUCAACAUCAGUUUACACAGCCGUAUUAGUUUUGCGGGGAUACCGAAUUCAGACAUCGCGGCAUAAAGGCAGCUCCUUUUCGUGCUGUUGAAAGCAGCUUUGAAAUCGACGAAUAGGUGGUGAGUGUCGAUUCUCCUUUCACGGGUCUUUUCCAAGAUUUGGCGCAUGGUGAAUAUCUGGUCGGUUGUUGAUUUACCAGGUCUGAAGCCACACUGAUAAGGUCCAAUCAGUUUGUUGACGGUGGGCUUUAAUCUUUCACACAAUACGCUCGAUAGAACCUUGUACGCGAUGUUGAGGAGGCUUAUCCCACGGUAGUUGGCACAGAUUGUGGGGUCUCUUUUUUUAUGGAUUGGGCAUAGCACACUUAAAUUCUAAUCGUUGGGAAUGCUUUCAUCCGACCAUAUUUUACAAAGAAGCUGAUGUAUGCUCCUUAUCAGUUCUUCGCCGCCGUGUUUGAAUAGCUCGGCCGGCAAUCCAUCAGCCCCUGCCGCUUUGUUGUUUUUCAGCCGGGCAAUUGCUAUUCGAACUUCUUCAUGGUCGGACAAUGGAACGUCUGCUCCAUCGUCAUUAAUUGGAGUAUCGGGUUUGCUUUCUCCUGGUGUUGUGCGUUCACUACCAUUCAGCAGGCUGGAGAAGUGUUCCCUCCAUAGUCUAUGUAUGCUCUGGGCAUCGGUGGCUAGAUCACCUUGGGGGGUUCUACCCCGCCGCCGCAUCUUUUCGUAGAAUUUUCGAGCAUUACCCCUGUCGGCCAGCUUAUCGUACUCACGCAUUUCGCCCCCUUUCCUUUUCUGUCUACAAAUGCGUCUCGCUUCCCUCUUCAACUCUCGGUAACUAUCCCAUCCCGCACGUGUUGUGGUCGAUCGUAACGUUGCGAGGUAGGCAGCCUGUUUUCUCUCCGCUGCGAAACGGCACUCCUCGUCGUACCAGCUGUUCUUUUGCACUUUCCGAAAACCAAUGGUUUCGGUUGCACCUGUACGUAAGGAGUUUGAAAUGCCGUCCCACAGUUCCCUUAUACCGAGUUGUUGACGAGUGCUCUCAGAGAGCAGGGCCCGAAUCGCGGCACACGUUAACGAGCGUAAUUUAAGAAUAUUUGUUGUUUUCGGAUCGUUGUAGUCGCUAUCGAAUAGGCACUUUCGAAAUUUGAAAUUUUCUCAUUCGAUAACGAGUUCUUGUUUGUACGAAAGAAUCGAAAUUUCAUUCGUUAGCUAUUUGAGAAACGUUAUAGCACAAAUUGAACAAAAAAUUUGAAUAUAUCCGCUAAAAAUAGUCCGAGGGGCAAAAUGUAAGUAAUUUUUCAUUUAUUUAGUUUAUUUAAAAUGUGAUAUAAUUAUAACUAAUAAUUUAAGGACCAAUGUAAACAAAAUAAAUAUGCGUCAAAAAAAUUUGAUGAGUGACCUUAUGCUACAGCAUCAGGACUUGGCAAAAAAUAUUUUGCCUACUUGUGGGCAAGGCAAAGUUGCAGCAAAUAAGCUAUGGGAGGCGUUGACUUUAAAACUGAACGCUGCCGGGCCACCGAUGAAAGAUGCUAAAUCUUGUCGAAAAGUAAGAUAAAUAAAAUAAUAGAUGAUUAAAAUAAUAAUAAAAUACAAAAAUAGGUAUUUGCUGACCAGAAGCACAACAUAAAAAAGAAAAUUUCUUUCAAUAAAGCCUCAAAACAAAGGACUGGUGGUGGUCCGUACGAGGAAAAGCUAUUAACUGCAGCAGAAGAGCAACUCCUCCAAGCUACGGGGAUAGAUGUUGCUGUAGAAGGGUUGACUGUAGUAAAAUCUUUUGGAAAUGUAGAGCCCGAAGAAGGAUUAAAUGAGUUGGUAGAAAUGAUUAUAGAUAGCGAGGAAGAAGAUCCGACUCCAUCCACCAGUCGCAGUGCGACAAAGUCAUGUAAAGCGAAUCCCACUGUCGAAAGUGAAAAGCUUUCUCUUUUAAAAUGCAAUUUACGCGCAUAUGAAGUAACGCAAGCGCAAAUAAAUAAAAAAAUUGAGAAACUACUUGCGCUAAAGCAGAGAUCUCUCCAAAUAAAAGAAGAGGCACAUGCUGCAGAUAUGAAAAUAAAAGCUGUAGAGUUGGAUAUGAUAUGUUGGUUAUGGAUAUGUUGGCUUGAUAUUUUAAAGAGAAAAAUCCAUAAAUAAAUACCAAUAUAUAAGAUAUGUUAA